GGAUGAUACAAUUUGAAGUUGAACAAGGAGCGGGUACCGCGACAAAAUGAGUUAGCGACGAAAGCUAACAAUAUCUCGGAAUACAAGCAAAUGGUCACAAGUAAAACAUUUUACUCAAAAUGGCCACAGUGAAGCCAAUAUUUAUGAGGACUUACGGGAAGAAAAAACGCAAAUUGACGGCCUGGAUUUCACCGAAGGAGCACAAGCAGGCCUUCAAUAGCUCCACGUCUUCAGAUGAUUCCUUGUUUGAACACGCCAAAUACAUCAAAGCCAGGAAAAGAAAACCUAUCUCAGUCGCAGCAGCAGUCAUGACAAGAAAUAACAAGAGGUGUCGUCUGAUUAUCAGCGAGAGCGAGGAAGAUAUGUCAUUUUCUGUGAAAAGUCAGAAAAAUCCACCGCAAAUCAAUGCAACUUCCAAAGCAACGAAAAGUUCUUCCAAGGCAAAGAAGAUCCGUGCAACAAGGAGGAAAGCAAAAGAGAACAUUACUAAUGAGGAGGACAUUUUCAGAGUGCCCCUCCCCUCCUGCCCUGAGCCUGCUCCACGGGACAGGGUAACCAGCAGGAAACAAGCACCUCUGUCAGUCAGAACAGGGGUCACAAUAAGACGGAAGAAGCAGCAUUGUCCGAUGAACAGCUCCAGUGACGAAGAUCUGUCAUCUUCUCCAAAAAGCCACACAAAGCCACUUCACAUCAAUACUACUUCCAAUCUUCCUCAUCUUUCAAAGGCCCGGUUUGUGACUUGUCGCCCUCGCUGCCCCGUCACCACGAAAGUGAAAGUCUCAAAGGCAAAAGGCAAUGUCUUCACAUCCUUGGAAGACUUUACUUCUGGAGAGGAAAGCCAAGUCUGUUUUUCUCACAAGAAGAAGAGAGUCCCUCUGGCAAUGCUGGAAUCAAGUGUGGAGAAUUCCACCAGCAACCUGGAUACGGAUCCCUUGCUCCUAAAUCAUUCAUCAGAUCACAGCCUUGGGCCGCGCCCCAGGAAGCCCAUCUUUUGCUCUACACCUUCAGUUAGACUGUCAAGCAAACGUCCCCAUAUUGUUCCGUUUCCCAUCACUAUUCAGUCCCCGAACCCCACAUCCUUGUCCAUCAGCCGCAUAGGUGCAAGUGCAUGCCAAGAAGACCAGGACUCUCCAAGGCAGCCUUGUUCUUCACCACCCAUAGGACUAAAUUCCAACAAGAAGCGAAAGACAAGCCUGUGUGAGCUGAAUGAACAAGCAUGCCCGCCUUUCCACGAAGGACAUUCAAAAGACCUUUUUAUACACCCAAAAAGUAUGAACAAGAGUAGUCAAGACGGCAAGAUGAAAUAUGGUGGGGCGUCGGCAAGCCUCCAUCUGCUCGCUCCAGACAGCGAAAGCGACAGCUGUUUAGUGCCCACAGGGGAAGACUUACUCUCACUGACUGAAGUUCUGAAGGAGAUGUGUUUGGCCCAGCGCUGCACUGUGAGAUUGAAGAGAUUAAACAGCCUGACUCUUAGUCAACUUUGCAGCCAGAGCACCUACUCCUCCUGCCUUACUGAUCUUAGCUCAGAUCACAGAGGACCACCUGCCCAGCAUCAUUCGAUUUCCCUGGAUAAUAUGUUACCACCAGAAGUUUUUUACAAGUCUAGUUUAGGUACCACUAAAGAUGAAACCUGCGAGCGGUCAAACACAGGGAAUGGGCCGGAGUCUGAAACUUCAAAUAUUUCCAUCAGCCUUGCACUGUCACCAUCACUGUCAGCAGAAAGUGAUUUCAAGGAGGUGUCAACAUCAGCACACGCUGAAUCCACCCAGCACACUGGCAGCAGCUUUGAAUUUUUCACUUGUGCGCAAUUAGCAACCAGCUUUCCUGGGCAAAUGUCAGCAACGGAACAGGAUGCAGAUGGUACAUUUCAAGGAAAACGCUGCAAAGUUCGGGUUGAACGAUUGAGGUUGGAGGAAAUUCAAAGAGCAAUCUCCAAAAGAUUGUCUGUAGCACGAUCAAGUGACAACACUGUUGACACAUCAUGCAGGGCAGAAAGCCUCUCAGAGGCACUGAUCCAAGAAUGCCUAACUGACAAACUUGCAUUAAGAGUCGAGAGACUGGCUUUUACACAACUGAAGGAGCUGCAGCAAAAAGGUAGAAAGUGUCAAUCUUCCUCAAAUUGUUCCGAUUUUACCAACGAGGACCUGACAAGAAACAAGCGCCAGAAUAAAACGGACUCUGAACAUUCUGAAAAGAUUUCAUGCAAAGUUGUGGAAAAGGGCUCGCCUAGUUCUUUCAGCCUUGUGGCCUCGGAAGAAAAAGCCUCCAAAAAAGGCCCUAAAGUUGACCAAAAAGCUUUUGGUAAAAACAAGAAGAUGAGAAAGGGCAUUUUAACGAGGCGGCCAGGUACCACCCGUAAGGCAUGUGUCAGUGGUCUGAGCGUGAGCCGCUGGAAAAAUGACAGUCGAUCGCAAGCGCCGCAUGUGUUCAAGAGGAAUAGUACAGGGAGGCCUGCCGACUGCACCAUCAACGAUCUGAUCUUGGCUCAACCCAGUGGACUGCUGGGGCUCCUGGGGCGUACGUCGAAUUGCACCACCCCAGUGAAGACGUGUCCCCUUAACCUAUCCUCGCUGCUGGUCGACCACACGCCGUCCACACAGCGCUGGAAUCGGCUUAAAUCCGCCCUCUCCAUUCACCGCAAAAUGCUGCUCACACCGCAGAGUUCAAAAAAGCCGAUGCAAGCCGAUGUCAGUCAGCUAAUGUGUGACACAGAUUUGUUCGAGGCAGAGAAGCCCUCUUUUGUGCUGCUCACACCGCAGAGUUCAAAAAACCCGACGCCAACAAACAUCAGUCAGCUAAUGUAUGACACAGAUUUGUCAGAUGCAGAGAAAGUCUACGCUGAGUGUGGGCAACAGGGUCCGCUGCCCUGGAAGGAGUGUUUUUCACCUCUUCAAAUGAGACGAUGCGUCAAGAUUGGGGAGGGUACAUUUGGUGAGGUGUUCUCCACCAACAACUCGUCAGGAGAAACAGUUGCUCUUAAAGUCAUUCCACUGGAGGGCAGUGAGAAGGUGAAUGGGGAAGACCAGAAGACGUUCGGGGAGAUCCUACAUGAGAUUAUUAUCUCCAAGGAGCUGAGCAGCCUGAAAGAGAAGCAUCACAACCAGACCAGCUGCUUCAUCGGACUUCAUGAUCUCCACUGUGUCCGAGGCUGCUACCCUCCUGAGUUCCUGGAUGCCUGGGACACCUUUGAUAGGAAAAAGGGCUCUGAGAACGACAGACCAGAUUUAUUUGAGAAUGACCAGUUGUUUCUCAUUCUGGAGUUUGAGUUUGGUGGUGUCGACUUAGAGAACAGCAACGGAACGUUGUCGUCAGUGGCUGUGGCAAAGAGUAUCCUCCACCAAGUGACCGCCGCGCUGGCUGUGGCUGAGCAGCAGUUGAAUUUUGAACACAGGGACCUCCACUGGGGCAAUGUGCUCGUCAAAACAACAAAGCAGAAGACUGGAAGCUUCCUGCUCAACGGAGCAGCACACUCUUUGGAAACUAAAGGGGUGUUGGUCCGCAUUAUUGACUACUCUCUGUCCAGACUUGAAAUUGAUGGCCUAACGGUGUCCUGUGACAUUUCAAAUGAUGAGGAGCUCUUUAUGGGUCAAGGAGAUUACCAGUUUGAUAUCUAUAGACACAUGAGAGAAGAAAAUGGUAACAACUGGAACAGCUACCACCCUCAUUCCAACGUGUUGUGGCUCCACUAUUUGUGCUCCAAACUGCUCUCCAUGAGGUACCGCGGAAUGGGCGGCAGGAGCAGCAAAGACGCAUUGAAGGAGCUCACACGUUUUCACGACAACGUCCUGCAGUACACUUCUGCAAUGGAAGCACUCGAAAAAAGCCCCAUGUUUAAGUAGCACACAUAACUAGUAUUUUUGGAAGACCGUUUAUAGUUCCAGCACACUUUAUCACGAAAAUGUGGUGCAGAAGGCCAAGAACCUUUGGGGCAGAUCCGCAGUGUCUGACCACAUUGGAAGGGUAAACCUCGGAAGUCUUUCUGCCACGUAUCUACCACUAAUCUGCAAAUUUGCGCCAAUUCUCAUUUUUAAUUAACACUUUGUAUUUGCUGCUGCCUUUUCGUCAAAUUUAAAGCAUACUCUGCAUUUUAACUUAUUUUACAGUCUAAUCCCAUUUCUGUUUUGAUCUUAUUUUUUUAAGUUCAUUUUCAUCCUCUCUCAGCAUGAUUUAAAUGCAUGUUGAAUAUGAUACUUUGAAUUUCUCUUGUUUAAAUUGCUCUGUUUUGAUUUCACAUUCUGUUGAUGACUUUUAUGCUUUGUGUAAAAUGUACCAUAAGAAUAAAAAUGCCUUGCAUGAAGUCAGAGACCCAGAAGCGGUACAAUUUGGACCAUUUUUCUCAACCAGAAUUUCUAUAAAAUCAAACAUUGGAGUCUUCAGCUCAGUGAGCAUCUUGAAGACUGUAGAUUGUGUUUAUGUACGUCACAAUUAUACAUAUACACCCACAUCAUGUACACACACACACACACACACACACACACACACACACACACACUUGAAGUUCAUUCAUGCAAAAUUUAAUCACAUGUAAGCCUUGAUAA